CUAGUGAAUUAUUUUUUCACUUCAGAAGUAGAGAAUUUCGUAAACAGUGGCUCUUGCAAUAUACAAAUUAAAUGAUACCUUUCUUGUGUAAAAAGUGAAACCAAAUGUUGCAAAAGACACAUUGUGACGCGAUUCAAUUAGACGCUAUCAAAUUUAAUGGAUUUCAACUAUACUAACUUGGAGAAAAUGUCCGCUCUAAUAAUUGUUUUUAUCAGAGAACGUAAAAGCAGGGAACGUAAAAGAAAAGAGAACUUGUAACCAGAGAACUUAAAUGAAGUUCUCUGUUGUAACAAUCUUGUAUUUCUAUGCACAUACCAUAUGUAAAAAAAGGACUGAAGCUUAUAUAAAAUUGAGAAGUGUCAAUAAUUCCGCCAAAAUCCGGAAAGUUUUUGCCGGUCUGUGCGGUUUUUCUUUUACUCGUUCGCUGGCUUAUUGUUUUAAUAAGUGCUUAAUUAAAAAAUGCCGAGAUUUCGAAAGUGUCGCGUUCGCGGCUGUGAAAGUACCAGUGUUGAUAAAAUUCGUUUAUUUCGUUUCCCAAAUGAAUUGGAGCUGGCUGAAAAGUGGAAAAAGAAUCUAAAAAUUGCUCCCACUGACCACUUUCCAGCCACCAACUCAUUCAUUUGUGAAAAACAUUUUGAGAAAGAGGCCAUUGGCUCAAAAAUGUUAAAGAGAAACGCAAUACCAACUUUAAAUCUGGAUGAGGCCCCCACGCAAUUAUUCCAACCGGCACCUGUGUCUAAAAGUUGCUGCGUGAGUAACUGUGCUAGUUGGGAGAGCAGGAAGCUCUUCCGAUUUCCCAAAACGGAAGUUGCUCAAAAUAAUUAAAAAGACGUUGUGUCAAAGCAGAUAUUGAAUGGAGCUUUUCCGGUUUUGCAUAUAUAAACCGUAGAUGACGGAAGUAGUAUGUCAUCACAAUGGGUUUUGCCGCGAUCGAUAGGAGUUAUAAAAAUGCACAGUUGCCAAUAGAAGAUAUAACUUUCGAGGAAUUCGAAAAGUUUUCACGCCUUCGUGAGAUAGGACUGUAGUGCGAAAAUAGUGAAGAGAUCUCUAAUUACGACCGAGAGUAUUAUGCUCGGAUAGCAAGAGGGUACCAAAGAAAUGCUAUGAAGCAAUCUAAAACGAUAAAAGAGCUAAGAAGAAAAAUUUUUCAAUUGACAAAGAAGUGUCAAGCUCUUGCAAAAAGUGUCAUUGUACAUAGCGAUCUAAACGAAAUUCAAUGACAUACGCAAAAAUGAUUUUGAAGAAAAGAAGCCUCUAUAAUGAAAAGAAGAAAAUAAUGACACUCAACAUAAAUUACAUGUCGACUAAGGCCUAUAAUUUUAUGCGUGGUAUUUAUCAUUCGCACUGCCGCACAAAAAUAACACUUUUACGUUGGCGUUCGAUCCGUGCCCCUACUCGGUACCAUAUCUGGCGGGAACACCCUAAACAAUAAUCAAAACUUCAUCAAUCAACUCGCUGCUGCAAUAAGUACAGCAGUUGGUGCAGUUAAUGCGGUGACAACUAGUCCUACCAACAGCAAUAAUAUUGUUGUAGCUACAAACAUGCGUGAUCGAACACCAGAACCGCCACCAGCUCCAAGAUUUACUUUAAACUCACCAACCACAGUGAAACCGAAUCGUGGUACCGCACCAAUGGAUAUUGAAACUGAAUCGGAGGCAGCACCUUUGUCUACAAACACAAGUCUAAAUGGAACUACCACUGUGCACACAGCAGCCGACCAAAAUUUGCCAGUUGAUAAACUGGCGAUGAGCGGGCAUGGCGCAAAUAUGUUUAUGAAUGGUUUUAUGCCAACAGCGAGCACAGCAGGUGGUAUUACUGCAAAUCCCUACAUGUUCUUUCCUUCAACUGCGGCAACAAAUGCUGCCUCAACAUCCACACAAGCGGCUAAUCAAAUGUUUAUGGAUCCGACAGCAAUGUUGGCAGCUAUGCAGCAAAUGCAACAGAACUAUGCUGCUAGCUUCGCCAGCACUUUGCCCAAUAAUGAAAACUGUCUUAACGGACAACCCGGCUCAGCAAAUCCCGCAAUCAAUGGCAUGAAAGAGGUGAUAAAAACCAAAAACUCAAUACUUUUUCCACCCAAUCCAAAUGCGCCACCGCCUACCACUCGUGAACGCCCGCCUGGUUGUCGCACAGUAUUUGUCGGCGGUCUGCCUGAAAACUGUACAGAGGAUUUGGUACGUGAAAUAUUCGAAUCGUGUGGUGAAAUCACCACACUGCGUUCAUCGAAGAAGAAUUUCUGCCAUAUACGUUAUCGCCACGAAGCAUCCGUUGAUCGUGCCAUCUAUCUCUCUGGCUAUCGCAUACGCAUCUCUAACUCUAGCGAACCGUCAAACUUUGGACGCCUACAUGUUGACUACGCGCAAGCGCGCGAUGACCUCUACGAUUUUGAAUGCAAGCAGCGUCAAUUACAACGUGAGCAACGGCAUAAGGAGCGUUUGUCAAUCGAUCGUAUACGAUCUCAAUCGCCGCCACCCAUACCGCAUUAUAGUGAUCAUGAAGCAUCAAUGGUAGCCGAGCAUUUGCGUAGUGGCGACACUUUCGUAAAGGCCGUGCAAACAAUUGCAAUUUGGUUAGAUCGCGGCGACUGCACAAAACGCAAUGCAAACAUGUUUUACUCCAUGAUACAAAGCACACAUGCACAUGUGCGUCGUCUACAUACUGAUAAGCAGCAGUUGGAGGAUGAUUUACGCAAAGCGCGUGAAAGCUACCGCAAACAAAUGCUGAUUAUGUCCGCACAGUUCACUCAGAUUGAAAAAGUGUUCAGUGCUGCAAGUCACAAGAAGGUUUGGGACCAUUUCACCAAAGCCCAAAGAAAAAACAUCGAUCAGUGGAAAAAGCUGGCAUUGGAAUUACGCUCGGUGCAAAUUGAGGACGAUGAAAUGGAAAUGUCUGACGAUGAUCGGAACUAUCAGGGCAGCAGCGCCAAGAGAACACGCUACGAUGCGGAGAGUUUGAAGGAAGAGAACGACUCGCUGCGUUGUCAGCUCGAAGCUUUGCGUAGCGAAAUGUCACUCGUCCGCACCGACAUCAAAUACGACAAUGAUUAUCGUGAGAAACAGAUCAAAGUACUGCAGGAAACGAUACGCAAUAUGCAAACACAAUUAAUGCAGACGAAAAUGCGCGAACAAAAGGACCACAAAACAAUUGAACAGCUCGAACGUAAGUUGAAAGAGGCUGGCGUUAAACAGUUAUUGCUAAAGACUAGAAUCAAAGAAACUACCAAUAAGCGAAAAGAUCGCGAAACAUCGUCAAUUAACUCCGAGACCAGUGAGAUAUUAAUCGAUGAAAGCGAAGAUGUCGACGAUGAUGAUGAGGACGACAAUGAUGUGGAAGAGGUGACUGUAGAAGAUACAACGAGAAAUAAGCCAAAAAAUCCGUCAAGGCCGAAUAGGGAGAGAGACAAUACUGAAAAUUCGACAAAUACCGAAAAAACUAGUCAAAUACAAAUUAUCGAUAUUGAUGGCUACAAAAGUGAUGAGGAAGUGAAAAUUAUCGAAGAUCAGACUGAGGUUGUUGAAAUACAUGAAACCGAUGAUGAGGAAAAAGCCACAAACCAAAGCAAUAAGGAAGACGAAAUACCGCCAAAGGAAGUAGUGAAAGACGAUCCUUCCGAAAUUGAAGAAUCAGCUGAAAUAGCAACAGAGCUAAAGUCAAACGAAACCCUUACCCCUGAGGAUAGUGUAGCAAUUAAGGAUGUUAGCGAUGAUAUUUCUAGUACCGACGAAAUGAAAGUACAGCUAUCAGAGGAAACCAAAGAGAUUGAGCCGAAAUUCUUGCCAUUUUUGGAGGCCCAAAUCAUAGCGUUAGUGGCUGCCUAUCUAAUAGUGCAACCCUUUGGCGUCAGCGUUGAGUCAAUAUGUGUUUUCUUGCGACAGUCUAUGAAGAAGCUGGACUUACAAGUGCCAACGUUAGAGCAGAUACUGACAACCUACACCAAUAUCUUCAAGUUGGAACAUAAACCGGGAGUCGUUGUUGAUAGCGUACUCAAGCCACAUUGGAAAUUUUGCGGAUUUACUGCAACAGAUGGUGGAACCGGUGACGACGAACGUGAUAACGCAAUGGGUGAAGAGUGAAAGUGAGAAUUUCCAAGUCUACUUGCUAAUAACCAAACAGGAAAACCGAAUUUUAUUACAUAUAUACUCGUAAGCAUCAAUUACUCGCAAAAGAGACAUCGAUUUUAAUCCGUACAUUUUAAAAAAAUUCUUUAAAAGUAAUUACUAGAAUUAUAGAAUUAUAAGUUUGAAAAAAAAAAAACAGUGAUUUUAAUAUGAACUCGCAUAAAAUACUUAUUUGCUAUUCGAAAAGAAUGAGAAUAGGCUCGAUGCCUAGUUUAAUUUUUACUGAAAUAUAAUUAUUAUAUUAACUGAAUAAAAAUCAAUGAAAAUGGUCAUUUAAA